AUGCUCGACAGCCGUAAUCCGUCUUCAAACGGCACUUCGGAAACGACCUCCAAACUUGUGCCCCAAUGUCCUGCCUCCUCGAAACUGGGGUGCCCCCUCAAGCAGGCCCCCCAGACCCACCGCGUUCCCCCUCGCCUGGCGGGAAACCCUCCCAAAACCGAGGACCAGGCCUCCAAACCCCGGCCCACGAAGGGGACACACAGGCCUACCUUCCCUAGUGCGGUUCGGGGCGUGCCGGAGCUUGGACACAGAGCGCUGAAGCCAGAGAUCGGGUUGGGAGAGGAGACUGGGGGAGAGAGGGGGAUCCCCACUCGAACCAGGGACCCCCCGACCGCAGCCGAGGGCAGGGGGGCUGGGGAUAAAAGAAUGAGAGUCCAACCCUCAUCCAACAGUAGGAGUAAUGGCAAAUCUGCCCCAAAUGCGCCUCCCUCUGCGACGGUGAAGCCCAGAGGCAUUAGCAAGGCUGUCGGAACCGGAGACAAAGCCAGCGCAGCCCCCAGACCGAGCCACGGGGCCCCUGGGGGCCGCAGUGGAGCUGGGAAGCCGCUGCUGCAGGGAGAUGCUACUGCGAGGACUGGGAAAGCAGCUGGGAGCGGCGGGACCCGGGUUCAGCAGCCCAGGGGAUCCCAGGGGACAGCGGUGAGCAGGGGCAGACCCCAGCCCCCGGGGGGGAGGAAGGGGGUCCCGGGGGAGGCAGCGAAGCCUUUGAAAGCAGGGGGCGCCCCUGCAGCAGGACCGGAGACUAAGAGUCUGAGCACAGCGCAGGAGGACAGGAUGAGGAAGCUGGAGCAGUGGCGCCAGGCGAAGGGGAAAUCUUACAAACGCCCCCCGAAACCUGCCCCCCAGGCGAAGAGGGGGGACCCUGCUGCGGUGAGGCGCUCGUUCUGGGCCACCAUCGAGGAAGAGGAUGACAUCAACAGCCUGGUCACCAGCGUGGAGGCAAUGCUGACGGACUGCCUGAGACUGGUGCAGGAGGGCUGUCCCACGGAGGAGGUGUCUGCAGUGCUGGCCCGCGUGCCCCUGGCCGAACGUUUCUCCAGGUUCUGGCUGUGCAGAAUGAGGCUGAUGGAGCGCCAGGGGGAUUACGAUGUGCUGCCACUGUUCGAGGAGGCAGUGCGCGCGACGGUGGAGCCAAUUGAUGAGCUCCAAUCCGCCGUCUUUGAGAUCCUUAAGAAGAAGGAAGCCCCCAAACCCACAGUGCACUUUGACCCCGUGCUGAAGGAGCUGGCGCCCAGGAGUGGUGACGAGGAGUCAGAGGUCGAGAAGGGGGAGCCAGGCGGGCGCCCUGCCCGCCCCGUGACCCCCCGGGUCGUGAGCGCCAGGUUACGGACGGACAAAGAAGGGUCGUCUGUGGUGAAGUACAGGAUCACUGCCACUCCAGGUGUCGAGGCUCGUCGGCCGGACCCCGCCCCUCUCCUGGACAGUCAGGAUCUGCGUUUCUUCACCCCAGUGCGGCGCUCCCUGCGCAUCGAGAGGAACUCGCGCCACUACCCCCCCGCCCUGCGGGACCACGACCCCUGCGUGACCUCCUUCCAGGAGCUGCUGGGUGCCGAGGAGGAGGAGGGGGAGGGGGAGAGGGGGGGGCAUGCCGUCGCUGCCGUGUACGUCUACCGGGAGAACGAGGCUCUGAGAGGGCAGGUCCACGUGGAGUAUAUCCAAGAGGAGGGGGGCUCGCUGACUGCCUCCCCAGAGACCAGCCACUCUCCCCAGGCAGGAACCGCCCCUACCACCCCCGCUCCUGGAGGACCUUAGUGGCCUGGUCCAGUCCGGGCUGCACUGCCCUGCAGAUCGGGGUUUAUUCAGACCCGGGGGUUCCAGCACUGCUCAGCA